UAAUCUGAUUAGGCGCUGUUGUUGCCUAUCUCCAUCUAUUUAGGUUAUGUUGAUGUUUAAAAAUUUUUGUUUCGUUCGAAUUUCGUUAGUAAAUAUUUGUAUAUUAUGGAUAUCGAUGAAAUAGGAACUGAAUCACAGGAAAAUAAAUUGAAUCAAGCUAUUAAAACUACCAAUGACGAUGAAUCAAAAAAAGAUAAUGAAACCAACGAUAAAACAGUAAUUUCCACAUUCAAAAAACCACUAUUAGUCGGAAAAAUUGGCCGAUUACCUAAAAAAUUGAAAACCAUACAUACAGCGGAUAGUGAUGCACUUGAAACAUCUGAUGAUUCAGUAAAUAUUACAGAAAUCACUCAAGAUGAGGUUAUUUCAAAACCGGAAACUACGCCAAAAAUUGAUACUUUGAGUAUACAGUACAAAGAACCAAUUUGGUCAGGUCUACCAAAAUCUACAGCCCAAAGUUAUAAUUUUGAAAUUUUAAAAGAUGGAAGUAUUAUCGAUACAAUAAAUUUAAAUAACAAAUCAUACUGGGUGUUUGGUAGAUUGGCGAACUGUGAUAUUCCUAUGCAGCAUCCAACAAUAUCAAGGUAUCAUGCUGUACUUCAAUACCGUUCUGAACCAGAUGAAACACACGCAGUUGGAUUUUACAUCUAUGACCUUGGUAGUACACAUGGCACUUUUUUGAAUAAGAAUAAAUUGAGACCUAGGGUGUAUGUUAGAAUUCAGGUAGGUCAUAUACUCAAACUAGGUUGUAGCACUAGAAGUUACCUUCUCAAUGGACCUGAGGAAGAUACAGAACAAGAGUCAGAAUUAUCUGUUACAGAACUCAAACAGAAACGAAAAGAAGAAUUAGAGAAAAGGGAACGAGAAAGAAUAGAAGAACUUCAGCGUAUUGAACAAGAGAAUGAAGAGAAAAAGAAAAAAGAAGAAGAAAGAGGCAUUGAUUGGGGAUUAGGAGAGGAUGCGGAUGAGGAAACAGAUAUUUCGGAAAACCCUUUUGCGCAGUCUAAUAAUGAGGACUUAUACCUAGACGAUCCCAAAAAAACACUAAGAGGCUUCUUCGAAAGAGAAGGUUUGAAUUUGGAAUACGAAUGUUCGGAGCAAGGUAUGGGACAGUUUCUGUGUAAAGUGGAAUUACCCAUUGAUGAUGAAAAGGGGAGACCAAUCUACGCUGAAAUAAUACACAAGGGUAAAAAGAAAGAAGCUGUGGUACAAUGUGCCUUGGAAGCUUGCAGAAUAUUGGAUAGAUAUGGGCUGUUGAGACAGGCUGUUCACGAAUCGAGAAAAAGGAAGGCAAAGGAUUGGGCAGAGAAUGAUUAUUAUGACAGUGAUGAUGACACAUUCCUGGAUAGGACUGGAGAGAUAGAAAAGAGAAGAGAAAAAAGAAUGAAUGCAAAGAAUCCUAAGAAGGCAGAAACCUAUGAGAGUUUGAUGGAGAAAGAGCGCGAGCUCGCAGACUCCGUCAAUAAGAUGGAAAAACAGCUGUUGGAAGCUCAAGAGAAAGCCAAGAAAUCGAACAGCGCCCCAUCUGAAGAAGACUCUUUGGAUGCCUUCAUGAAGGACCUGAAGGACUCCAAACCAGACAAGACCGCCAUCAGCAAGCUCAAGGUUGAGCUGGCCAAGCUCAAACAGGAACACGCCAAGGUUAUCAAGUUGGUGAACAUAGCGAAACCGGCUAGUAUGCCGCCUCUGGUAGCUAAAUACUCCACUGAUGCUGCAGGUCAGAGCAAUAAGAGCAAGGUACUUCCUGUGUUUGGAAAAAGGAAGAAGGUACCGGUUGUGGUUCAGCAGAAAACAACGACUGUCGAUAGAAUGGAAGAGGAUGAAGAAGAAGAAAUUGACAGAGAGGAUUCGAACACAGAUAAGAACGUGGAUGACGUUUGUGAACCAGAGAACAUUGAAAGUAUAGCUGUCGUUGAGGAAGAUUCAGAAGAAAAAUCGGAAUUUGGUCUAAUUAAACCCAAAUUAGUCGAGGAAGUCAAACUGAAGACUAGUGAGGAGUUGAGGAAACUUCCAUUUAAAGAUGAAAUAAGAAACCUUUGUAAUGGGAUAUAUGAUAGAGUUGAAAAAUUAUCUGAGCGAAUUUCUUGUUCAUGUGAACCAAAAAGCAAAAAACAGAAUUUGGAGAAACUAUUUUCAAUUGUCAAAAAAGCAGAGGAAACAAUACUAGAAGACUUAAAAGAAAUUGAAUUGGAAGUUACUGAAAAGUCUGAGGUUGUAAAUAACGAUUCUGGUAAGGUUAAACCUACGACUAACAUGGAAAAUACAACAGAUGAUGCAACAAAAAGGAAGAAAAAUCAAAGAAGAAUUCAGCAAAGGGUGGAAAAGGCAGAAAUAGAAAAGCGAAAAGGUUAUGAGGAAGACGCCAAAAAAGAAGACUACAACAUGUGGGUACCCCCUAAAGAUCAAACAGGAGACGGAAAAACUAAACUCAAUGAAAAAUUUGGAUAUUGAUUAUUAUGUAAAUAUUAAUUUUUUAGAAUUAAUAAAGAUAUUUUUAUGUA